CUUCACGGCGAGUUCGGCCGGUAGAACGUGCGUGAUUAGUGUGUGUUGUGUGUGUGUGUGUGUAUAUAUGCGCCAUGGCGCAUGUCAACUCGCGUGUUCGCUGUCAGCUUAUCUAGCCGUAGAGAAGAAUUCCUUGCGGUUUUGAAAUGACAUACGUGAACCGCCCGCGAAGGUAAAAUACUCGGCACUAGGGACCGCCUCGCCUUUAUUCCGACUGGUAUCGCAGUAAUGGCGGAAUCGAACGGGCCGAUUCUUCACGUUAUCGUCGUCGGGUUCCACCACAAGAAGGGUUGCCAGGUAGAAUAUUCGUUCCCACCUCUGGUACCUGGCGCGCCUAACGAAUGCCCUUUGGGGUGGAAAUACCUGCCUACGCUCGCUUUGCCCGACGGCUCCCAUAAUUACGACGAAGACACCGUCUAUUUCCACUUGCCCAGUCUCAAUGAUCCGAAGCGCACGAUAUACGGCAUCUCGUGCUUCAGGCAGAUACCGGUGGAGAAAUUAAAAAAUCGCACGUCCGACAUAACGAGAGGCACUGUCCAGAAGUCGGUAUGCGUGCUGAGCACUCUGCCGCUGUAUGGACACAUACAAGUGAAAAUGGCCCUGAUAACGCACGCUUAUUUCGAGGAAGGUGAUUUCAGCAAAGUGUCCUUGUUAGAGGAUACUUAUCAUCAUCUGAAUUCAUGUAUGAGCGGCGACAGCCAGAUACCACCGCAGAUUUUUGUCGGCUUAUCCGCUAGAGACUUUAUAUUGCAAUUCCGCCACAAAGUAUUGCUCUUAUUCAAGUUACUCUUGCUAGAGAAGAGGAUAGUUUUCUAUCAGUCACCGGUACAGCCAUUGUGUGCCACGAUAUUGACUCUACUAUCACUGUAUCCUGGCAUGAUAGAGCACGGUCUUCAACAGGCUGCGUGUGUCAGACCAUCCAGGCCAAUGUCGCCAAUUCCGACCUUUGACGAGGAAGAAAUCUCCAUGAAUAAUGUCGAUUCCAACUUGUCGUCCGCUCAUAUUGUUCAGAACAACACGUCAGAAAUAGAAGAUGAGCAGUGCAACGACAACAGCAAUCGUAAUUCUCUGUGCAUUAAUGACAACAAGACCAUCGAGUCCAUGGAGGGCAAAUGUAUGGAUGGGCUGCGGCAUGUAACUCUGCAGAAGAACAACAACGAUAACGAGAACUUAAAUCUGAAGGUUAUUGAGAUCGAGUCGGCGCAAGAAUGCACUGAGACUUACUUGGAGGACAGCAAUUCCAAAUACUCACCAAAGCCAAACGAUAAUGUGCACAGGGUGCACAGCGUCAACGCUAUCACGUUGGGUACGGGCGACACGGACAAUAGCUUACCCCGCGACACGAGUAACGACGCGCUUUCUGACGCGAGAUUAACCAACAACAUCACGCAAAUCGCGCACAUUAAUCCGGAGCUCUGUGGUCUGCCUUUGGAGUUGUUUACAAAGGGCUAUCUCUGUUUGCCGUAUCUGUCUUUGCCCUAUCUUGAUCUCUUAGGAGAUGUGAACGUUCGAGGAUACAUAGUGGGCGCGACGAAUGUAUUGUUCAAACAGAAGAAGCAACUGAUCGACGUGUUAGUCGAGGUCGAGAACACACGGAUAGAGGCAACCGACCCUGACCUGAGGCGACAACUGCACCUGACUACCGAGGAUCUAAGAUUCGCUGAUUACGUGGUGAGACAUGUCGCCGAACCUCGCAAGGAUAUCUUCCUGGAUGGGGUGGGUUGGGAGGGCGGCGACGAGUGGAUCAGAACGCAGUUUCGCGUUUAUCUGUUGAGCAUGCUGCGCACCUCGAUGCAGCAAGACACCCGUCAGUCGGAUCACUACAACGCGACCUUCGUCGCCGCGUGGCGCGCGACGAACAACUACAAGGCGUGGUGCAACGCGAGCAAGUCGGAGAUACACAAUAUCGAGCCCGGUCAUCCUUUCGCCGGUCAGUUGUCGGUGCAGGACAUGAAACUGCGUCUGUCCCACACGAUGCAGAAUACGGAGGGUGGUAGAAAGUUGAAUCAGGCCAUGGCGUCGACCGGGCGAGCGGUGGCCACCACUGGGAAAGCCGUAGGAGGAGCGCUAUCGCAAGCGAAAGGGGCGUUCUCAAACUGGUGGAGCACGCUGACGACGGUUCAGCCGGCCGACGAGACGAAGAUCGAUAAUCAAACGACGAACAUCCACCACACCGUCACGUCCAAUGUCACGGACAAGGAGUCAAUCGAAGACGAGGAGAUAAACGUCUCUGCUACUCAUAACGCGGAUGUUACCAUACGAGACGUCACCGCCACCGCAAUCACCACAAUCACCACGACCACUACGACCACCGUUAUCAUCACCAGUGGAGAGCAUAAGACAGCGUAAAGACGCGCGAAAGCUGCAAGCAAGAAGGAAGUUGUCGCGAGGCGCACGUGCAACGCGACGUGCUUAUUGAGAGGCCGAGUUUUUUUUAGAACACUCUAAUUUCUAGCGAGAGGAAGUAUAACGAGCGAGAAAGAUUCAAAAUACGUGUAUGUACAACAGAAUUAUAUUGAUGUGAUGUACAGCUUCACACGAGAAGAUCGUCGGAUCCGCAGGCUGCUGCUGAGCGCUGAGGUACAGGCUGAUGUAUCGCUGAUUUAAGUGUAAGUGUAAUCUUAUAUACUUCUUGCCGGAUAGUUCUGUAUAUACACACACACACACACACACGCGCGCACGCGCGCGCGCGCGCGCGUAAUUUCUAUAUGUUUAUAUGUAUAAGAAAUAUGUGAUAUAAUUUCAUUAUACAAAAGACACGUUACGUAAACAACCGUGGCGAUUGUUCCUCCCCGUUUGACUCUCAUGCCACGAUAAAGCCACUUCUUAUAAAUAUAUUAAUUAAUUUUAAUAUCUCCCAUUAAAAUAACGAAGAUACUUCCCCAAUUAGGAAAAAUAUCUAUAUCCUUUGUACAUAAGAAAAGAACUCAAUUUUUUAUAUUUAUGCGCACACACAGAUUAUUAUCAU